AUGAGGCCUCUGCCAUCAACGAUCACCAACUCGUCGAGUCGAGAUCAGAACCAUGACAACUGCGACACACUCUCGCAACCAACACCAGUAGCCUCAAUGGAUUGCUUUAUUACCACAGAAUCCAGUUUAACGGAUAACGAUUCUACCCAGGGCCGGGCUGAAGUCAUUCCUACCGUCCAUCAAUAUACAUACACACAGAAACCAACCACCAACCACAAUAUGUACGAGCCCGACUGUCCCUGGUUGUUGCCUCAGCCCGCCCCAGUUCCAUCAUCUGCGGCAUCUUCAAAUGCUGGGCAAGGCAGGUCAUUGCCUCCGACGUCGGUAUUCGCCAGUAGCCAUGGCCCGGGCUCGGCAAACAGCAUUCCCUCGUCACCUGGAAAUCUAUCAAGCGUCGCCAUGUCGGAAGAUGGUCACAGUCUGUCCGCCAGUCUCUCUGAACUUCCCUCAAGUCACUCACCAGUCAUGGGUACUUCACCAAUUUUGCCGAGGGGCCUCACACCACAGCUUGUGAUGCCUAGCUUGACUGUUCCUCAACGUCGCCCCUUCUCGGAAAUUGGGAAAUCGCUGGGGAAACUGAAGGUCCUUGUGACGGGACGUCGCGGCAUCGGAAAGACAUCUCUCAUCCUCGCUAUAGCCCAAUCGUCGGCACACAUCGUUCACAUGGAUACGGUCGUUACAACUUCGAAUAACAUGGCCACUGAUGUAUAUGCGAGCACCCGCCCAAAGCCCUGGUGGAGAACAGAUCUAGAUCAUGACCUCUCCAGGAGAAGGCGGUCGUCAACUUCAGACCAAGUUUUGGAUAGAAAUAUAUGUUUUGUGGACUGCCCAGUUUACGGAAAUGAUGUUCAGGGAUCAUCGCCUGCCGUCGAUUACGUCGAGUCUCGGCUCGCUGAGUUGGCCCACAAGUCUAUAAACGACCCAGAUCUCCGCGCCCUAUUAAGUGGAGGGGCAGAGUCGAAUGUUGAUGUGGUUCUCUAUCUUCUCCCACAUUCGGGUCCCACCAGCGACGACAUACGAUGUAUGAGAGAUUUACAAAAUGCCACAAAUGUUAUUCCACUGCUAGCGCGUGCGGAUGAACUCUCUCUCGAAGAGCGUCUUUCAGCAAAGAACCGCACUUUGCGUGGCAUCGAUUCCGCAGGUCUGGAUUGUUUCUUCUUCACUGCCCCGGGAGGAGCGCAGGAUCACCCUCAUAUUUAUGCAAUCUCUAGUGCGACUCAAGCAGACGCUGAAAUCAUCGACGCCAGUAUUCUCAUGAGUUCGGACUAUCUUCCACCUUUGGUUUCAACUGACCUUGGUAACCUGGUCAAGAACUUGUUGUCUGUGGAAGGGAGCACUUGGCUUCGCCAUUCUGCAGCCUGCAAGGGCAUCAAGUGGAUGCGGCAACAAAGACAUCGAGGCAGUUUACUGCCAUCCGCGCUCACUUGUACGAAGUUGUCCCCUUUUUUUGGCCUUCCCCAAGUCCAAUUUACAAACCAAACCCCCAAUCAACGAGACCGGGGCCGAAUCGAAGUGGCAAGCUGGGCUGAGGGGCUACGACAGAGUUUGGUCGCAGAGAGGUUACGACAACAGAUUACGCAAAGCAUGUCUCUAACCCGAAAACAGCUGGCUGUGACGAGACGUAGUCGAUCAUCUUCCAAGCCUUCACGGACCGUGGCUCCUUCAGUGACUACGGCCCAUCAAGAUCCUCUCGGCCUGUUAGAGAUAGCGAGCCAACUACAAACUGGUGGCAAGUUGACAUUGGAAUUGAUUAGCAGCUUCGGAAUUCUUGGCUGUGUUGCAGCUUGGGUCAUUCGGCCGGAACUGAUGCAUCAAUGGGAUAUCAAAUUCCCCCCCUGCCUGUGUUUGGCCUGA